AUGUCUAGCGAGCGACGAGUGAAGGCCCUUAAAAAUCGAAUGAAGAGUCUGCAGACGUCCUUCUCGCUCAUCAAAACGUUUGCAGAUAACUACCAAGAGGAUCAACACGCUCCAGAAGUACCGGUUCGCCUGGAGAACCUGAACAAAGUGUGGACUGACUUCUCUACUGUUCAGUCGGAACUAGAAGCUCUAGAUGAAGCCGGUAUGGAACAGCAUCUGAAGGAUCGAGCCACCUACGAAUCGACGUACUACAGGGUUAAAGGCUUUCUCCUGUCCGUAAAUAAAUCGCCACAGUCGUCUCCGACACCUCUCGCCUCGACUUCUACUUCAAACCAGCAAGGCCCUACGUCAUCCCACGUUCGUCUACCAGACAUAAAACUUCCGGUUUUCAAUGGGAGUCUGGAUAAUUGGCUGAAUUUCCAUGACCUCUAUAUCUCUCUGGUGCACUCAUCUAACGAUCUGUCCAAUAUUCAGAAAUUUUACUAUCUUCGCUCUUCGCUCUCCGGUGAUGCUCUUAAACUUGUUCAAACGAUUCCCAUCACAGCUUUAAAUUACCCCGUUGCAUGGAAUUUAUUGGAAGAGCAUUAUAAGAACAAGCCAAGGUUGAAACAGUCGUACCUUAACGCCCUCUUCGAGUUCGCUCCCCUCAAACGCGAGUCGGCAGCAGAUUUACACGCCCUGGUCGAGAGGUUCGAGUCAAACGUAAAAGUGCUACAGCAACUAGGAGAGAAAACGGAGUUCUGGGAUCUUAUUCUCAUUCGAAUGCUCAGCGUCCGUCUAGAUGCCACUACCCGUCGCGAUUGGGAAGAAUACUCUUCGUCCAAGGACGGUAUCUCGUUUAAAGAUUUAACAAGCUUUAUUCAGCGAAGAGUAUCUGUUCUUCAAACACUAAAAGAAAAAAGCGUGGAAACUCCGCCCUCCGUACCGUCGUUAAACCAGCCGAAAAGGUUUCCCCAACGUCCGACUGCCUGUCACACUGUCAGCCAGUUCUCCACUGAUCGGAAAUGCUGCAUCUGCUAUGAGCAUCACCCGCUCUACAUGUGUCCAACGUUUUCGAAAAUGAGCGUUGAGGACAAAGAAAAGGAGAUUCGUCGUCUACAACUAUGUAGAAACUGCCUGCGUAAAGGACACGUCGUUCGGGACUGCCAGUCUUCCAGCUCGUGUCGCAAAUGCAAAAACCGUCACCAUACUCAACUUUGUUCCACUGAACCCGCUAUGGCUGCGAGCCAACAUCAUACAGCGUCGUCGAAGUCAACAGUGAAUCUCAUUUCUGAAACCCAACCACGAACAUCAGCCACAGUGACUGUUAACGAGAUUCCAAGCUGCGCCGCUACUGAAACUAACCAUACUAGUGUACUUCUCGCCACCGCCGUGGUCCUUUUCGUCGAUGAUAAUGGAACUGAGCAUGUAGUUAGAGCACUCCUCGAUUCUGGCAGUGAGUGCUGUUUCGUGUCGGAAAGAUUUCUCCAAACAGUAAAAAUCAAACGCAGAAAGGUUUCCGUCCCUAUUUCUGGAAUCGGUCAAGCUACCGUCAACGCUAAGUUUGCAGUUCUCCCACAAAUCCAAUCACGAGUCUGCAAUUACUCUACUACAGUUGAAUGUUUAGUUUUACCCCGGUUGACAUUGGACUUGCCCUCCACCUCCAUCGAUGCUUCUACUUGGAACAUUCCGCCCGGGAUCCAGCUUGCAGAUCCAGCUUUCUUCAGUCGCAAAGUAAUCGAUCUAGUUCUAGGGGCAGAUGUCUUUUUCGAGGUCUUUAACGUCACGGGUCGAAUUCGAAUUGGCGAUGAUCUUCCGCCUCUCAUUAAUUCUACGUUCGGUUGGGUAGUUUCAGGAAGAAUUUCCAGCCCAAAAUCUAACAGACCGUUCGUCGCAAAUGUUGCUACCAUCGGCGAUUUGACGCAAAUGAUGGAACGAUUCUGGACUAUUGAAGAGGGAAAUCCGUCGUCAUGCCACUCUGUCGAAGAAGCCGCCUGUGAAACUCACUUCAAAGAAACCGUCUCUCGUAACGAACAAGGACGAUACAUUGUUCGCUUACCCGUAAAACCUGAUGUCUUAGCCCGGCUUGGCGACAACCGUCGCGCCGCAUUCCGAAUGUUUCGAGCCAUGGAAACGCGAAUGGCUCAGAAUCCGCACCUUCGUGAACAAUACGUCGACUUUAUGACCGAAUACGCCACCUUGGGACAUAUGAAAAAAGUCGACGACUACGAAACACCGCCCAACCCUUGCUACCAUCUUCCGCACCAGGCUGUUAUCAGAGAAGAAAGCACGACCACCAAAGUUCGCGUCGUUUAUAAUGCGUCGUGGAAAACGAGCCAAGGCCCUUCCCUGAACGAUGCACUUAUGGUGGGGCCCAUCGUCCAAGAUGAUAUGAGAUCCAUCAUCAUUCGCGGCAGAACACAUCGCGUUAUGCUAGUUGCUGAUGCUAAACAAAUGUUCCGCCAGGUCUUGGUUGAUGACCGCGACACCGCUUUGCUGAGAAUCCUAUGGAGAAACUCACCUGAUUUACCACUGGACACGUACGAGCUGAAAACGGUUACCUAUGGGACAGCCUGUGCACCUUUUCAAGCUACAAGAGUUUUAAUACAGCUGGCCGACGACGAACAACACGACUUUCCAGAAGCUGCUCAAGUCCUGCGCAAGGAUUUUUAUGUGGAUGACCUUUUCUCCGGAGCAGAAAGCAUAGAGAAGGCCAUCGAACUUCGAGAGCAACUUACCUCGCUUCUUGAAAGAGGAGGAUUCGUCCUACGUAAAUGGGCAUCUAACAAACCUGCAGUUCUUCGUGACGUCUCUAUUGAUAAGCUGGCUCUAGAACCAUCAGUAGAUCUUUCUCGUGACCAAUGCAUAAGGACACUCGGAUUAAAUUGGGAACCUGCCACCGACCACUAUCGCUACCGUAUCUCAUUAACAUCUGAUCCUGCAGAAAUAACAAGCACCAAAAGAAAUGUUCUUUCGAAAAUUGCCCGACUUUUCGACCCCAUUGGACUAGUGGGGCCCGUAAUCACGACAGCAAAACUAUUCAUGCAAGAGCUGUGGACUUUAAAAAAUGACGCUGGAGAAAUGUGGGGCUGGGAUGAUCAAUUACCAAGGGCCAUCAAGGAGCGAUGGCUGGCUUACUGCAAUCAACUUCCGCGACUGAACGAUUUGAAAAUCGAGCGAUGGGUUCUAUGCGAAACUCCGUCGUCGAUUGAACUCCAUUUCUUCUCAGACGCUUCACAGCAUGCAUACGGCGCAUGUUGCUAUUUUCGCUCUGUCGACGCUUACGGCACAAUCAAAGUUGCACUACUAACAGCUAAAUCUCGCGAUGCCCCUCUUCAGCAGCAGACCAUUCCCCGCUUAGAAUUGUGUGGCGCCCGCCUAGCUACGGAGCUGUUCCAACAGGUUCACAAAUCUCUGAAUCAUUCUGGCGAAGUCUACUUUUGGGUGGACUCAACAAUUGUCCUCAACUGGCUGAAAGCACCUCCUACCACAUGGGUCACUUUCGUUGCCAACCGCGUAUCAAAAAUUCAACAGGUAACGUCACACUGCACUUGGAAUCACGUUGCUGGCCAAGUCAACCCCGCGGAUUGCAUCUCCCGCGGAACAGAAGCAGGAAAAAUUCUGAACGACGACCUGUGGUGGCACGGGCCACCAUGGUUGCAGCUCGACCCUUGUUUCUGGCCAAACCAAUCGACAUCUACACCAAACGAGGAUGUUUUUCUUGAAGCACGCCAGGUACCAGUGAAUGCAACAGCAGCCGUCACCCCACCUUCAUUUAUCGAUUCGCUAGUGAACAAGUUUUCGAACUACAAUAAACUACUACGCAUCAUCGCAUAUUGUCGCCGUUUCGUUCGAAGAUACAAACCAACUUCCGAACCGUCUACAUCACCAGCACAUCCGUUCCUCAGCUCAAAAGAGCUACAAGAAGCCGAAGCCGUCGUCAUUCGUCUGGUACAACAACAGUCGUACAAUGAGGAAUGGAUUGCACUGCAAAACUCACGACCAAUGCAAUCUAAAUCCAAACUUCGUUGGUUUCAACCCUUUAUUGGCAGUGAUCAGCUGAUGAGAAUCGGGGGCCGUCUAACUCAAGCGCCCCAACCUUACGAUAGUAAACAUCAAAUUAUCUUACCAGGAAAACACCCACUAUCCUCUCUUUUGCUUCGUUCACUACAUCACAACCAUUUGCACGCCGCCCCUCAGCUACUGGUGAAUGUUCUCCGCCUGCGAUACUGGAUCACAGGGGCCAGAAACUUGGCGAAAAUCGUCGUCCGAAACUGCAUUACCUGUGUGAAAGCUCGUCCCAAACUGCUGGAGCAAUUUAUGUCGGAGUUACCGUCCUCCCGAGUCACAGCAAGCAGACCGUUCUCCACCACCGGUAUAGAUUACUGGGGCCCUAUUUUGCUAAAACCACCCCACCGCCGCGCCGGUCCCAAAAAAGCUUUUGUUGCAGUGUUCGUCUGCUUCGCUACCCGUGCUGUUCAUCUAGAGCUGGUGACCGACUUAACUACGGCCAAGUUCCUGCAAGCUUUGAGAAGAUUUGUGGCACGAAGAGGACUAUGCAACACAAUCUACUCAGACAACGGACGAAAUUUCAUCGGUGCAGCGAACGAGCUGCGCAACCUAAUCAAAGACAAGCAACACCACCAAGCACUAGCCACCGAAUGUGCAGCCAACAACAUACGAUGGAUUUUCAACCCUCCCAAGGCCUCACACUUUGGCGGCCUGUGGGAGGCAGCCAUCCACUCCGCCCAGAAGCAUUUUGUGCGGGUUCUCGGUACUACUCUACUCGCCCACGACGAUAUGGAAACACUAUUGACGCAGAUCGAAUGCUGCUUGAAUUCACGUCCUCUUACACCCCUGAACGAUGACCCAACUGACGACGAGGUCCUUACUCCUGGUCAUUUUUUGGUUGGGUCCGCACUCAAAUCUGUUCCUGAUUCUGACCUUGCGGAAGUUUCUUGUAAUCUAACCAAUUGGCAGCUAGUUCAAAAGAAAUUCCAGAUAAUAUGGAAGCGAUGGCAUCUGGAAUAUUUAGCCACUUUACAGCCAAGAACAAAGUGGUGCGACCCACCUAUCAACCUACAUACGGGUCAACUGGUCCUGCUUAUGGACGAAAGAUCGCCACCAAUGCUCUGGCCGACCGCUAGGAUCGAACAAUUACAUCCAGGAGCCGAUGGAAUCAUACGAGUGGUCACACUCCGCACCGCCCAAGGUAAUUACACUCGUCCUGUAAGCAAAAUUUGCCUGCUGCCAAUCGCACCGUCUAAUGAAUCACCAACACCAACCGAAAGUCGACCAGAAACCGAAGCAAAACAACAGCAAUGA